UGAGUCCGAGCAGGCGGCUGCAGUUCCAUCCUACCUGGGUUCUAACGGCAUCUGGCCUGAACUCCAGCACGGAGGAUAAGUCGCGGAAUUCACCCCCACGCAGGUGAUUUGACUUUUCACCCAAACACGGACAAGAAGGCGGAGGACGGUGGAAAGCCCAAGUGGCCCCGGGAAUCGGACAUGGAACCGCACGCCGCGCGGGAAGCCUCGCUGGUGGGAGGAGGAAGAAGGCGUUCCUGAAGAAGACGCGGGAGUUGGUCUUUUUUUUUUUUUUUUAGCUGUAGUGUUUUCUUCUUGUUGUUGUUGUUGAUUCUUAAUUAAGGAAGUUGGGGGCGAGGGGUGGGCGAGUUGUGGCUUUUUUUUUGACGCGGCGGAACGAUGCGCCCCGACCGCCGCUUCAUCCUGCUGCUCCUCAACGGAACUGCUUGUUUGGUGGCCCUGAGCCAGGAGGACGACUCCUCCAGCCCAAAGAGCUCCUCAAGAGACUCCUCAAAGACAGUGGGUCUCCUGAGCGGCCAGGCUCCCCUUUCGCCUCUCAGCCGCUGGAUGCUUCACGGUAGAAGCCGGGCUGCCAACGCCACCUCUAUGGAGCUGCCCUACCGUUCCCCGGUGGCUUUCUCCAAGCAGGAGUUUUCCAAACAGGAGUUCUGGGAAAUGCUGGGCAGCGACCUGCUAAAAGCCGACGCCUCUGGCUCCAGGGUCAAGCGGCGGCCCAUCGUCAAAACCGGCAAGUUCAAGAAAAUGUUCGGCUGGGGAGAUUUCUACUCAAACAUCAAGACGGUGCGGCUGAACCUGCUCAUCACCGGCAAGAUCGUAGACCACGGCAACGGCACGUUUAGCGUCUACUUCCGCCACAACUCCACGGGGCAGGGCAACAUCUCGGUCAGCCUGGUGCCGCCGGUCAAGGCGGUGGAGUUUGAUCUGGAGCGCCAGAGCGUAGUCUACCCAAAGGACUCCAAGAUCUUCAACUGCCGCGUGGACUACGAGAAAGUGGACCGCAGCAAGCGCACCUCGCUUUGCAACUACGACCCAUCCAAGACCUGCUUCCAGGAGCAGAUCCAGAGCCACGUCUCCUGGAUUUGCUCAAAGCCUUUUAAAGUCAUCUGCAUCUACAUUUCCUUUUACAGCACGGACUACCGCCUCGUGCAAAAGGUCUGCCCGGACUACAACUACCACAACGAGAUGCCCUACUUGCCGUCGGGCUAGAGGACUUGUUGGGGGAAGAAUAGGGGACAAAAUUGGGGCCAGAGGAAGCGAAGUGCAAGGGGGUUGGGCCGUGAAUUGUUUUGGAAGCCACUGUGUAGCCGGACUGGAGGGAGACUAUAAAAUAUAUAUGCAAAACCAAAACAGUAAUUUGUACGAGUCGACGUCACAUUCAAGAAGUGGACUGUAGAGAACAAUACAAAAGUUCUAACCUCAACCCGGAUCUGCUCCUCCAUAAAGUCCUCCGUCCCCUCAGCGAGUUUUCAAGAACGUUCCAGCAAGUUAGGAAAUAUUUUGGCGUCCGGUUGCAAUAUAUCCCUGUCAGAAAUACAAAAAAACAAAGAAUGGUUGCUUACUGUUUUGGUAUUGACUUCUCGGCAAACAGAUGAAUGUACAGCAAAGUUUCAGUAGCAAUCAAGGUUUUGUUGAGGGGAUCAGUCCCGAGGUUGAUGCAUGGCCAGAUGUAUCUUGAAAAACCACAAACUAAAAUACGAGAUACCUACCCUUAAAAACGGACAGAACCACCGUUUCAUUUUAAACUGGCACCAUACUGAAUACUUAAUACUCAUUGGCCCUACAAACUAUCAACUUUACCGAGACUAAUUUUAACCUAAGCUCAGUCUGUCAGGACUUUAGAAUAAAGUUGUACUAAAACAGGGGCCGGUGGUCCAAGAACUGUUAACACACCUUUGAGCAAGGCACUGAAACCCCAACUAAUAUUUACUUAUAUUAUUCCACACCUGAUCGAGUUCGGGUCUUAAACUUGUGGUCUGCAGGCCUUGGCCCUCGAGUUAACUUUGUAGUUCAGUGUAAUUGUGGCCUGGGUCCGCAGAGAAAAUUGUGUAUUUUAAACCAAAAAACGGAUUUGCCAAAAAAAGGUUACGAACAAAAAAUGUGUCUGAAAUUUAAAAUCUGUACAUUUUAAAACCAACAAAGAAAAAUGUUUUUUUGGAGUUACAAAUCGUAUUUUGGUUGCAAAUUGUUUUCUUGGUCAUAAAUAGUUUCUUCGGUUACGGCUGAACUUCAAACUUGUGGGCGGGGCCUCCUCUGAACAAUAUGUCAGAAGCCUUUUUAUUGGUCCGUCUGAGAUUAUGGCUUUUGAUUGAUUGAUUGAUUUAAACUUUUAUUAGUAGAUUGCACAGUUCAGUACAUAUUCCGUACAAUUGAGCACUAAAU